CUUCCCUAUUUCUCUAGACCUCUCCGAAGUUUUCCAACGUCUAAUGCCUGUACCUUCCCCGCGUAAUAAUAAAUAGCAUGGCUUCCCACUCCCUCUUCAAAGGUGAGAUAAACAUUGCACACUGCCAUACAAGAUCAGCCUUCUACUUCUACAAAAAAUCUGUGAGAUCAAUCAAUCUAACCCAAUAUAGUUUCAGCGCACACAAAAUAAGCAGCAAAAGGAAAAAUGAGAGCACAAGUAAAGCAUGUCCUCGCUUCGUUUCUCUUACUCUGUACUCUUGUUCGGUUCUCCAAUGGGUCUUUGCUGCCACUCAUAGAGCGUCCGGGGAGUAUGUUAGCUGAUAUAUGGACAGACCCGUUCCGAGUAUUGGAGCAAAUCCCAGUUGGCCUUGACAAGGAAGACAUCGCUUUGGCACUGUCUCCGGCCAGGGUAGACUGGAAAGAGACGCUGGAAGGUCAUGUUAUAAAGCUGGAUGUGCCGGGAUUGAAGCAGGAGGAUCUGAAGAUCGAGGUGGAUGAGCGGGUGCUGAGAGUGAGCGGAGAAAGGAAGAGGGAGGAGGAAAAGAAAGGGGAGCACUGGCACCGGAUGGAGAGAUCCUAUGGCAAGUUCUGGAGGCAGUUCCGGUUGCCUGAGAAUGUGGACCUGGAUUCUGUCAAGGCCAAGUUGGAGAACGGUGUGCUCACUUUGGCAUUGCCCAAGUUGUCCCCUGACAAGAUCAAGAGCCCCAGGGUGGUCAGCAUUGCUGCAGAAGAGGACGAACCAGCCAAAUCCAAAGUGCAGUAGUAAGGCCAAGCAUGAGCUUUAAAACUAUGGACAACUUCUUAGCGAGCAAAGGCAAACUAUGAUUAUGUGGCUUUUCAGUGUGAAUAAAUGGUUUCAGUUUCGUUUCACUCUACUCCUUUUUCUUUUUGAGUCUUGUUGCAGCCUUUGCUGAUGUAAUCUCCUAAAGUUACUCCUAAGUCGUACUAUUUCCUCGAUUAA